GUGAAGCACUGCUUGAGGACAUCUACCACUACACAUCCCUGGCUUCUGGUUAUGCAAAGCAUUCUCUUUGCUCAGCUAGUUUUGGGACCGCCCUGCUUGUCUCUGGAGUCUGGCCCAUUGCACGGGACGGGGCUGCCCGGCGAUUGCCUUUACCCAACUCUCCUGAAGGGCUUGGAGAGACCUGAAGCCAAACCACUUGUGGAUCAAGUGCCAACCUAAGCGAGGACAGCAGCAACGCCAGCCCUCUUCGGCAGCAGCCUUCCCUCGCUCCCCGCGCCGUUGGCCGGUCCCACCUCCCCCCAGUCGCUGGCGGUGCGACACGUGCAUCUCCUGGGGCUGGGUGGCACCAGCAGCGGCCAGCCCUCUCGCCCGCUGAUCCCGGCCCCCACGAGAGUCGGCGCGGGAAGGGCGGGGCUCGAGGAAGUGACUUCAGCUGGCCGCGGCUGCCGCGGGGCCAGAGGCUGGUGGCGGGGAGCUCCGGCGGCGGCAGCGGCAGAGCCGAGGAGUCGCUCGCGGCGCGGCAGCCCCGGCCAUGGCGGCGGCGCGUUCCCUGCUGGGCGCAAGGCGGAUGCGGGGUGCGGGUCGCGCUGCCGCCGGGCUCUGCGGCUGCGGCGCCUUCAGAGCGAGCCCCCACUGCACGGCGGCCCCCCAGCAGCAGCAGCCGCCCCCUGCGCCCACCCGGGACAUGAAGAGCUACCUGUGGGCGCGCUACAAGGAGGCGAAGAGAGUGACCAAGGACUUGGUUCCUUCAAUUAUGAGUAAUUUGCUGAAUCCAGAUGCUGUUUUUACCAACAAUGAAAUGAGUCUAUCAGACAUUGAAAUCUAUGGCUUUGAUUAUGACUACACAUUGGUCUUUUAUUCCAAACGUCUACACACUUUGAUCUACAAUGCUGCCCGGGAUCUUCUCAUUAAUGAGCAUCGGUAUCCUGCAGAAAUAAGGAAGUAUGAUUAUGAUCCCAAUUUUGCAAUAAGAGGACUUCAUUAUGAUGUACAUCGGGCAUUAUUGAUGAAGAUUGAUGCUUUUCACUAUAUUCAGUUGGGAACAGUAUACAGAGGACUCAGUGUCGUCCCAGAUGAAGAAGUCAUUGCAAUGUAUGAUGGUUCCCAUGUCCCCUUGGAACAAAUGAGUGACUUUUAUGGAAAGAGUUCACAUGGACACACAAUGAAGCAGUUCAUGGAUAUAUUUUCAUUACCAGAGAUGACUCUUCUCUCUUGUGUGAAUGAAUAUUUUCUGAAAAACAACAUAGAUUAUGAACCUGUUCAUUUGUACAAAGAUGUCAAGGAUUCAAUCAGAGAUGUCCACAUCAAAGGAAUAAUGUACAGAGCAAUUGAAGCAGAUAUUGAGAAGUACAUCUGCUAUGCUGAGCAGACCCGUGCAGUGUUAGGAAAGCUGGCUGAUCAUGGCAAGAAGAUAUUUCUCAUCACAAACAGUCCCAGUAGCUUUGUGGACAAGGGUAUGAAGUUCAUCGUUGGAAAGGACUGGAGGGAUCUCUUUGACGUAGUCAUUGUACAGGCUGACAAGCCAAACUUCUUCAAUGAUAAGAGAAGACCUUUUCGGAAGGUGAAUGAAAGGGGAGCGUUGCUUUGGGACAAAAUUCAUAAAUUGCAGAAAGGCCAGAUUUACAAACAGGGUAACUUGUAUGAAUUUCUGAAGCUUACUGGCUGGAGGGGUUCCAAAGUUUUGUAUUUUGGUGACCACAUUUACAGUGAUCUAGCAGAUUUGACCCUGAAGCAUGGCUGGCGCACAGGUGCAAUUAUUCCAGAGUUACGAUCGGAGAUUAAAAUCAUGAACACAGAGCAGUACAUUCAAACCAUGACUUGGCUACAAACCCUGACUGGAUUAUUGGAACAUAUGCAGGUUCACCAAGAUCCAGAUUCACAAAUGAUUUUACAGGAAUGGAAAAAGGAAAGAAAAGAAAUGAGGGAAAUGACCAGAAACUUCUUCAACUUGCAAUUUGGGAGCUUAUUCAGGACUGACCAGAAUCCAACCUAUUUCUUAAGACGUUUAUCUCGAUUUGCUGAUAUUUACAUGGCAUCACUGAGCUGUCUCUUGAACUAUGAUCCCAAUUACACAUUUUAUCCAAGGAGGACUCCUUUGCAGCAUGAACUCCCUACCUGGUCAGACCAGCUGUGCAGCGGUACAUUCAGAAUACCCUUCCUGCAAGAGAUGGUUCAGAACAAAUGAGCUUUGGGUUUGUACCUGGGUUAUUUUAUAGCACCCCAAAUGGAUGAAUAUACCCAUCAGUAACUACCAGAAUGUAAUAAUUUUUUUUUUAAAUCAUCUAGUACAUUUAUGUAUCUUGAUCCAGUUACUGGACUUGUCAGUUCUGAUAGAUCAAGAAUUCAUAAAUAACUUGUCUCCCCUCUCCUGUAUUACUCCUGGGGGAAAUCUGUGCCAAAAAAUUAGAAGUUCUGCACACAGUAUAAUCACGCUAGUUUCCAUCAUUUUGGGAAUUUAUUUCAAAAUACAUGCCAGCAAAUAUGUCUAUAACGAUAACAAAAAAGAUUCAGGAAAUGUUUUUUUGACAAAUAGGUCCCUUUUUUAGGCAUAUUAAUACAGAUCUCUGAGUAAUAACAGUUCUGUAUUGUAGUUGAAAUGAAUUUCACAUACCCCUCUAACGCAGUGCAAAGCCUUUGCGGGAGUCAGGAGUACAGAGGAGCUGAGGGAGAUGGAAGUAAUUGCUGGGAAGGAGUCUGGAGGGUUGCUGGGUAUGGGUGGGAGAAGUAAGGAACAAUUUUUUGGGGAGGGGGAGGAAGGGAGGGAUUGUUAGGGAGUUGGGGAGCCUCCUUCAUGCAGACCCUGGCUGACCCCUAGCCACUCCCAUUCAGUCAGACACAUCUGCCCCUGUCCCCAUGUAGCCCUGCACUCCCACUCCCAUUCAGCCCCUGGCUCAAUGCUGUCACCUCACUAGCUCCUGCGCCCCUGCUCCAGUCUCUCUCCCCCUCCCCACUAGCCCUUUUGAACCCUAGUUUACCCCUCAGCAGCCCUGUGUCCUGCUAUGUCCAUCUCUACCAUGUUGCGUGCCUCCUCACCUGGCCCCACAGGCAGGGCACUGUGAAAAGACAGCCUGUCCCCCUCCCUCUCUGCUGCUGGCUGCCCUCUGUUCUGGUGCCACAGUAGCCCCUGGUGGGCAAAAAGUGUAAUUGCAGUGCCUCUCUGGCAGAAUCUAUUUUCUGCGGGGGGAGAGAAAUCUGCGAUGGACAUGAAUUCUGCACGUGGCAGUGGUGCCAAAUUCCCCCAGGAAUAUCUAUGUAUAAAUCCUCUUAAAAAUAAUGAGACUUAUGCUUGCACAGAGAGGGGGAAAAUAGACCCCCAAAACAGAAUUGUCUGGAAGGGAAGAUUUGUUUUUUCAUAUUGAAACUCGUAUCUGCAACCUUGUGGUUCACAAAAAAUAUAUAGCCUCUCUCUUCGGGUGCUGGUCUGAUGGAUCUCCACCUGAUGACUCCAGAAUAUCUUGACAUGACUGAAAAUUUUAAGUUGUGAGUUCAGAGAGAAACAAUUAUCGAACGGUUUACAGUGUGGUGGGGAGGGAGUAGUGUAAGUAUAGUAACUUUCUGUGCUGGAUACUUGAGUUACAAUAGAUCUUUAAAUUUGUAGUUUUACUGAGACUCAUUAUUAAUGGGCUGCUUUUUCUAUAUGUACAUGCAUUUUACAUUUGUGUAAUAUAAUAACCUGUGUUCUAUAUGUGAUAAAUUUGUUGUCCCUGGGUGUAGACCUAAAUUUUCAAAUAUGACUAGUGACUUUGCGUGCCCAACUUUGGACCUCUUAAAUGGCUUAAUUUUCAGAAGGUGCUGAACACUUGCCCUUUGACGGUAUCUCAAAGUAGGCACCUUUGAAUAUUUAGGUCCUAGUUCUCAGGGAAAUACUAUGAAUGAACGUUCAACUAAAAUGCAGCUUUUGUUGUUGUUGUUGUUCAGUGUUGAACAGUGUCUUACUAUGACAUUUUUGUGUUUCAGAAUGUUAAGCCUUCAUCACACGUUUGAUGUAGCCGCCUUUUUUAAAAUUUUACUUUUACGUUUCAAAAUAAACAGGUAGUGUAGGUAAAUGAGUUAAAAAAAAAAAAAAACAGAGGAGGACAAAGAAAAAUGAAAAGCAAAAUCAGAUCCGAUCUUUUUGGUUUUAAACCCCUAAAAUUGGGGGAGGAAGACUAAUUAGAUCACGCAAAAUAAUUGGGAUUGUACGGACUAGCGAGGAGCUUUAUUUACUUAAAUUAUUGAAAUUCUAGGUGUGAUGGGAUCCCUGGGGUGCAGCCUGAGACUGUGGGACCGCUGUGCCCCCUUAACUCUCCAGCCUGGGCUCUCUCUCACAAUGCUUCGCUAGUGACAAGCAGCAAGCCCCACCAGGCGCUGUUAUCACUCAGCACAACUGCAUGAGGAGCCCCAUAGCCAGCUAGAUUGCAUGAAUGCUCCCAGAGCCACUCAUGAGUCACUCAGAGAAAGGCACCAGAGCCAAAUCCCCGCAGCUCCCAACCUUGUACCUCAGGUAUAUACUGUCUUGCACUGCUCAAGAUGAGCAGUGCAAAUUUAUUAAUUGGUUCACCACUUCAUCAAUAGAAAGUGGAUAUACACCAGCCUUUGUAAACCUGAGCAGAUUUACCAAGCACUUCAGGCAAACUCACUGGUAAAGAUAAACAGUUAGACCAAUUUGUUGACUACAAAAGAUAGAUUUUUAAGUGAUUAUAAGUGAUAGGCAAAAAGUCAGUUAGCAAAAGAAAAGAAAAUAUAAGCACAGAGUCUAAACUCUCAACCCUAUUAGACUGGGCAACGUCUAGAUUAAGCAGUUUUUCUCACCGCACUGGUGACUUGCAGUCCUUAAUACACAGGUUUGUCCCUUGAACCUGGGUGGAGUCUUCAGUCGUCUUCUGAGUUUCUUUGUUGCUAGCAGCAUAGGUAGGGGCAGGAGAAAGGCCUAGCAUGUGGCCUCUGGGUUCCGUUUUAUACUCUCAGUCCCAUGUGCUUGGGGAGGACAAGCCCAGGCAUGUCUGGAGGGCAUUGCUGAGACCCCAGGCAAGGUUGAGCAGUUCCCCUGAUGUGGCCUUAUGUAGUUGAGUCAUUGCAUUGUAUUUCCCUUGCUGGACAAUGGCUGUUAAUGGUUGUUUGACACCCGCCCCGGGCAUUGGUUACUUUCCUUGGCACUGUCUCUGGAGAGCUAGUACCAGGGUGCUUCCCAAACCCACAGCAUAUUUUAGUGACAACCAUACAGUACAAUUCUCAUAACUUCAUAUGCAUUAAUGAUGUACAUAUUUUGAUGGAACUGUGACUUUCAGCAGAUCAUAACCUUUCCCCUGAUACCUCACACGGCCUGUGUUAUGUACAAAUCACAAUUAUAUAUCAGUGAGGAAUAUGGAGGUUACAGGGUGCUCCCCCAAGGUAUAGAAUGUCACACUAGGUAAUCGAUGAGCAGAUAAUUUCACAUUGUAGGGUUCCCAGUGUUUAGGACUGAACUGAGCUUAUUUGAAUUUCCCACAAAGGAAGCAUCUGCUGAAGCAUGUUUCCUCAAAUAGGCAGUGGCACUUCAGUAAACCACUACAGACGUUUCGAAGCAGGGUUUUUCCCUCCUCUGUGACCAAAGACGACAAACCCAAUGCUUCCCUACCCAACCAUUUCAGAACUUGUAUAGCUUGACUCAUUUUAAUAUUUCCUAUGUUUUAGUUCUAAUUUUAAUAAGUAUAUGAAAAUAUAAUUAACAAUAAUUCUUGCUAUAUAUUUUGUCAGUUUCCUUUUAGGGCAUAAUUUGCUUCCAGCAAUGACCAUCGGGUAAAUGAACUUUUGGUGACCAAAAGUUUUUGCGUGUGUGUGGUUUUUUUUGUUAAACCUGUCUGUGUUUGUGUCACAUGUUUAUAAUGGCUUUCAUAUGCAAUAUUUUUCCACAUUUUAAAAGGCAUGUUUGCAAAAUGAACAUUUAAAAAAGCUGCUUGCAUAAAUCCAGUGCAAGUUUCCUUUAAACCUGGAUGCUUUUAAAAAAAUCUAUUGCUGGCCGUGGAGGUUUACUAUGGUAGCGUUGUUUGUGGUUUUCUCUAGCUUGGUUUCCAGACUAUGUGCAACAUUUCUAGGGUGUUAGUCUAUUCAUAUGUAUAAAGAAGUACCUAUACUUGACUUGAAAUGUGUGAGUUCCCCGACUGUCCUACUGUUGAUUGCUGGAGAGACUUAUAAACAUCCUCUGGUACCUCGUCUAGCUUUAUCCAGUGAGUUGUAGGCUAGGCUGGACAGUGCAAGCUCUAGUUAAUUUAAUAUUUUACAAAACUUGAUAUCUAGUCUAUUUUAUAUGCUGAAAUUUGGGGAGGGGGGUAAUUUCAAUUUGCCAUCUGUGUGUUAUGCUAAGAUAGAACAAAACUUGAUAUUACUGUACAUAGCACAUUUCAUAUCCCAAAGGAUACCAAAGUGCUUUAUAAAGUGGUGAUAGUAUUUGUACUGCAGAGCAUAACAAGAUUAAGAGAAAAUAAAGACAGUGUAUAUUUUUUCCCUCUGACUUUUAGUACCAGCAGAUAAUAGUUAAUGUCACAUUUUAAAAAUUGAGUGGUUACAUUUGUUAAAUACUUAGAUGCUUAUGGCUCUUGACAUGAGCCUUUGUUGCCUAAUUUUGUAAAUCUAGGUAAAGAGUGAGUCCUUCUGAGCACUGCUAAAGUGUGUUUAAGCAAGAAAAGUGAAAUUGUUGUGUGGGAAUACUUUAUCAAUCCAUUUACUGUGCAUUUUGUUUCAAGAUGAAAAACUUCAACCUAACUUAAAAUACAGUAAAAUGUUCUGUUAUGCUUGGUGGUGGUUUCUUUGAGAUCUGAGGGAGACCAGCUAGUAUAAUUUUUAUUUAUUUAUUUAUAUUGCAUGACGUUUUUAGUUACAGGGGAUUAGUGUUCAAGCAAACUGUGUACAAUAUGAAUUUAAGACAAGUGUUUUUGAAAAUAUAAAUACGUGAAUAUGCUCCAGUGUUUGAGUACUCUUUCAAAAAUGUUUUGGUAUUUUUGUAACUGCUUCAGAAUUCUUGAGCUGUGUACCUCCUACUUCCCUUAUUAAUUACCUUCAUUAACACUGCCACAUCACUUCUCUCAUGCAGAUUUUACAACAUGUUUCAAAUGCAGUGUCUAUAUUCAUUUUUUGGAGUAUAUUUCAACUGAAUCAGAGUGAGAUGAAUUGUCUGUUUAGUCUAAAUCAGAAGUGCAAAAAUUUAUAGUUUGGUUAAUAAACUAUCAGAAAAUGUUACUUUAUGUGAAGAAUAUUUAACGAUUGCUACAAAAAUAAAUGCAUGUAUUUUAUCUGGU